AUGACGGACAAGCUCCCCCCUCCGCUUCUGGCGCUCUUCCAACCUCGCCCGCCUCUGCGUUAUGUCACCCCCAUCAACCGUGCCCCAGAAGACUGCAAGAAGAGUAGCAUUGGUGGUAUUGCGCAGUUUCUGCCCGAGGUGAAGAAGUACGAGGAAGAGAUCCCAUACACGCCUACGGAAAGCUGGAUCCAGCGCAAAUUGCGCCAGAAGGUGGAGAAGAAAGAGAACAUUAACAAGCAAUUGACGGAAGGCCUCGAGAGUUAUGAACCAUCCAACGACCAACAAGCACGAGGCGAUCCGUUCAAGACGCUGUUUGUCGCUCGACUGAGCUACGAUGUUAAGGAAUCGGACCUGGAACGGGAGUUUGGCCGUUUCGGUCCUAUUGAACGGAUUCGCAUCGUGAAAGACACCGUAACGCCAAAGGGCUCGAAGAAACCACACAGAGGAUAUGCUUUUAUUGUCUAUGAGCGCGAAAAGGAUAUGAAAGGUAUUGCUACAGAUCUAGUCGCCUCUGCCUACAAGGAAACGGAUGGUAUCCGUAUCAAGGACCGCCGUGUCUUGGUAGACGUCGAGCGCGGUCGUACAGUCAAGGGAUGGAAGCCUCGUCGCUUUGGUGGUGGUCUCGGAGGUCGUGGUUACACCAAGGCCUUGCCUUCUCGACCUAUCGGCCCUGGCUCUUUCAACGCCCCCUCUGGUCCCGGUGGCUAUGGUGGUGGAUUCCGUGGUGGGUUCGGCGGCAGAGGUGGUUUCAAGGGAGGAUUCCGCGGUGACCGUGGAUUUGGUGGGCCCCGUGGAGGUGUCGGAUACCAAGGUGGUCGCAACGGAUUCGGUGGAGGUGGACAGGCUCCCCCCAACGCCCCUUCAGGUCCGGGAGGCGGACGCAGCGGUGGAUUCGGUGGUGGUCCCCCUGGUGGUGGCAGAUUCGAGCGUGAACCCCGCGGCGCUACUGGCAGCAACAGAGAACCCAUCAGGCCCCGGGACGGGUUUGGCGACCGCGAUCGUCGAGACCGGGAUCGGGACCGCGACGGUGACCGUCACCGGGACCGUGACAGGGAUAGCUAUCGCUACCGUGACCGGGACCGUGAACGCGACCGCGAUCGUGGUGACAGGUACGGAGGCCGGGGCGACGACUACGGGCGGAAGCGAUACCAUGAAGAUGAUUCGUAUGAUGAUCCCCGUGCCAAAAGAAGAUACUGA